GGCGCUAUCUGAGUCAAUGUGGUGGUGGUGAGCAUCAUUCUCACAUCAUGCUGUGCCACCAUGGUGAGGCGCAUUGGCGAAUGUUUCCGGGCCACCAUCACUCCCAGCCAUCCCAUCCACACCCCAAGUCAGUCAGAACUGUUUGCUGCCGACUUGUUGGUCAGGCGACGUCCCUGUCUGUCUGUCUGUCUGUCUGUCCACUCAUUCGCUCACUCCCCUCACUCAAUCACGAUCAGCACUGGCCAAUGCCUCAUCAGCAUUCGAAAAUGGAUGGAUGGACAGCACACGCAGCACACUUCAUCCGUCGUCCUUUGGUGUGUCCUCUGGUGUGUCCUUGGGGUUGGCCAAUCUCAUCUCGGCUGCCUUCGCAAAACCACCACUGCACGGACGAGAGAACACAUUGUGGUCAGUCAAUUGUGUUGAAAUGUGCGUAGUUCGUAAUUGGGUCACCUGUGGCUUCGAGGCCGCCAAUGUUGACUGCAUGCCGCCCACAGAUGUGCCACACGCCCUGCAUCCAGCAUCACACACACCAUCCCGUCCGCACAGAUAGGUGUGUGUGCAUGCGCGUAAGAAGGUGAGGUGCGCCGGCGUACGUACGGCGCCAGUGUCUUGCUGGACGUUAUCGACGAUGAUAUCUCCCGCACGCGAGAGCAGGACAGCAGGCGCCUGAAGACGCGAAUGAGGGCAUGGCAGACGGCCGUUUUGCGGUGGUCUGUCCGUCUGUGUGCCUUACUUACAUGGUCUUUGAGCAGUCGCGCUAUCUCUUGUAAGGUCCGCCUCAGAAGAGAAAGGUUCAUCCGACACACGUUGUUGAACGGCUGUGCGAGCAAGGAACCCCAUACACACAGACCGUCCAUUCCUUCAAGAAUGUGGUGGCGUGGCUUUAUGAGCCCACCAUGUCGGUGACAAUCGCGUCGACGCUCUCGUCCUGGAUGCCAUCCAGCUGCCCGGCGUCACCCACGCGCGCCUCGACCGUGCCUGAUAUGUGCAUAAACACUCACACUUACACAUGUGCCUGCCUGUGUGUCGAUACCUCACCUUUCAUGAGAUUGUUCCUGGUUGCGUGGCGCACAUUGUCUUGCGCGUUGUCGACGACCGGCUCGUCGGUGUCGACGGCCAUGCCGCGGACGGGAUAGUGGCGGGCGGCCUCCAGGGGAAUCGUCCUGAUGGUUGGCAAGACACACACACACUCAUACACACAUCCACAUGUGUGUGGAUGAGGAUCCCCACCCAAUUCCAGCCAUGGGGUCGAGAACAACGCUCCCUGAUCGACCACAUUCACCGUCCAUCAAUGCAGCUAAUGGAUGGAUGGAUGGAUGGAUGUGUGGAGUGGGUACAUACCUGCAGGCAUCUUGUGCACGUCAGCCAUGCGGAGCAUCAGGUGGGCAGUCGACGGCCGCAGCCGAAUGCGCCGGUCCAGACCUGACACCUGGUCAGGCAUUCACACACAGAUGGGGGCAUGAUGCCUGACAUGUGGCGGACACGACACGUGUGUGUGUGUGGUUGGGUGCCUGACUGACCAGGUGUUGUCUGUCUUGGCUGGGGACGUCCUGUGUGCGCCUGUUGUUGCGCACAUUUAGGUGGAUGCCGUACGCAAGCGAUGAGUGAAAGACAAUCGCCAUCACCUGCAGCAACCGAGGACACAAGCAGCACUUACGCGGAGGCUCGCGUGAGUGGGCAUUCAUGCGUCUGUCUGUGUAUACGCACCUCCAUGUCAUAUCCGGUCAGCUUGACGCGCCAUCCGCUGUGCCGCCCUGUCACGCCCUCGCCCAUCUGCACGAAUCCAUUACACAUGUACAUGUGUAUGUGUAUAUGUACAGAUCGAUGUGUGAUAUGUACACAUAUAUACAUACCGCGACCAUGAUGUCUUGGCUCUUGACAUCCCCGUGGUGGCCAUCACGCAGACACGACGCACGGAAUGGCACAGCACCCAGCUGAAGGCAAACACGUGUGGCGUGGGCACGCGUGUGCAAGAGGGUGGGUCAAAGUCUCAUCUCACCUUUUCUGUCCAGUCUUUGGCACUGAUCUGCUCUUUGCUGAUCACCUAAAGACACACACAGACACACGGGACAUGCAUCAAAUCAUGUGUGUGUUUGGUGCUUGGUUGCCUCGCCGUUCCACAUGCUUCCGUCGACGAAUCUCUGCUGCUCGAUCCUCAUGUGGUGACGCCACAGAUGCAGCGCCUGAUCCCUGAUGAAUGCACACACGCGCACAUGGAUAGGUGGAUAGAAUGCAUUCGUCCGCAGCGCACCACAAGUCAGUCUUCUGCAGAAAUGACUCGAUGGGGCCGCUGAUGGCCUGCACACCAGGAUAAACACCUACACUUGUCCGCCGCUGUGUGGUCGGUUGGUUGGACUGCCGCGUCUGUACGGUAGGUACCUACGUACGUCUUUGUCAGGCUGCUCGACGGCCGACAAGGCAACAGGGAUCGCCUGCACACCUGCACACACCCGCCCAGUACACUUACCAUAUGGGCAGACGUGUGCACAGGUGCAAGCUCGACAGCCAUUCCUCCCUCACCGAGGAAGGCGAAGAGGCCCAUGAUGCACGGGCAGUCAUGCAGCGCCGCUCUCGCAUCGUGGCUGUCAUCAACUUGCACCACGACCUUACCCACACCUACACACGAAUGUAGCCCGACGGAGUGAGUCCUUUCCUGUGUGCGUGUGCGUGUGCGUGUGCGUGUGCUUGUGUCCUGUCAGUCACCCCGCACCUCACCUGACCUGACCUGCGUGCCCGCCCGCAUAUCCCUUCUCCCUCUCGCGUAGCACGGUGCCCACACACGGCCUGGCGGCAACACACAGACAGAGUACACUGACUGCACCAUCGACCACAUAUAUGACGAUGGCAUUCGUUAACUUACCUGUAUUUGUCCAUCUCGGCGUUGAUGUAGCCGGUGGCGACGUCCUCAAGCCCCCCAGCCACCAGCAUCAGAUACGUCACCCGACCUGAAGAGCCAUGUACACGCCCCCGUGCCGAUUGACAUCUGUAUGUGCCGCGCGUCAGAGGUACGUACCGUCAGGCGGCCGUUCGUGCAGCCGCUGCUGUGUGACGGUGUCUGGCGUGAGCACUGUGUACUCAAACGGCCUGCAUUGCACCCACCGUCACCGCACUUACACGGUGUGGUCGCUGGUGCGUGUCGCAGUCUCGCACUCUUGCGUACCUACCUAGUGUCCAAUUCCCCCUCUGCCAUUCUCCUUCUCAGCGUUCUCUGGAACCUGUGGAAACAAACACAUGCAUGGGGAUGGAGAGGAUGCCUGUGGCAUCGAGCUGCAGUGUCUGUGUACGUACCGUUUGAUGGCAGGGGGAGGCGGAACGAAAAGCAGGGAGGCGCUCGCAUGAAUCUCUGCACACACACAGAAACACGCGAAGCUGAUACGAUCUUUCACACACGAACGUCAGCACUCACCUGAGGACAGGAGGUACGAGAGGGUAAACAGCAACGUGAGCAUGCGCCGUCACUCACCGAGAAGCAUAGAUGCGUUGAUGCUCUGCUGCACUCCAACCUGACAUCGCAAACAGGCGGGUUUAUGAAAAGAUCUUUGCGUGAGCUCCUUCCCAUUCACUGCCCAUCCUUACACUCCUUACCAUUCCUCCUUUCCCC